ACUCUGUUCUCAUUGACAGUAAAAGCAGAAGUUCACCAGUCCAACAUAGACUCUGAGAACAACAAGGUUAACUUCUGUUAUUAGCAAGAUAAAGGGUCCGGUUAGCCCUGACCAUUAUCUGUUUCAAAUUCACCAUCGCAAAGACGCUUGCCCGCUCCAUCAAAACUCCCAUCCGAACUGCAUGUACCUGCUGCUCCCCUUAUGGACAUUUCAACCCACCCCCCUCAACAGGCGUCCAUUCUGCCCCCCACCUCAAUGGAGGGGGUAGCUGCUUCUGAGAGGGAAAAGAUGUCUGCAGGGACAAAGAGGGACAAACUCCCCAGCACCUCUUCUGGAACGUUGACCCCGUCUGGAGAGAAGUGUCGUAGUCUGGAGACUGUGAUCUCUAGGCUGGAGAUGCUGAAUGUGGGAAAGAAAACAUUGGAUAUUCCAGCUCUGCUACUGACCACUCUGGAUGAGAUGAACUCAGAUGAGUUGAGGAGAUUCCAGUCUUACCUGAUUAUUGGCAGGAUGUUAGGCUUUCCUCCCAUCCCAGAGAGUCAGCUGGAGAACACUGACAGACAGAACACAGUGGAUCAGAUGGUGAAGAGAUACGGCCCUGAGGGAGCUGUGAGGAUCACACUGGGGAUCCUGAGGGGUAUGGACCGAGAUGAUGUAGCAGAGAAGUUACAGAGAGAUCACACUAGAGUUCUACUGCUGACCAGUCUGCAAGAGCUCACUGAAGAUCAGCUGAAGAAAUUUCAGUCUUACCUGACUAGUGGCAGGAUAUUUGGCUUUCCUCUCAUCCCAGAGAGACAGCUGGAGAACACUGACAGACAGGACACAGUGGAUCAGAUGGUGGAGAGUUACGGCCCUGAGGGAGCUGUGAGGAACACGGGGAGGAUCCUGAGGGAGAUGGACCGAGAUGAUCUGGCAGAGAAGUUAGAGAGAGAUCACACUAGAGCAACAACAUGGUGGAGAGACUCAGACAGUGAUAAAUGGAGAAGGAGGAAGGAGCAUAAGGCAAUGAGAAAAAGAAAAGAAAAAAGAUCCUUCAUGUUGGAUGUUCCAGCUCUGUUGCUGACCGGUCUGGAGGAGCUCACUGAAGAACAGCUGACGACAUUUCAGUUUUACCUGACUACGGUCCAGCUGCUUGGCCUUCCUCCCAUCCCAGAGAGUCAGCUGGAGAACACUGAUAGACAGAACACAGUGGAUCAGAUGGUGAAGAGAUACAACCCUGAGGGAGCUGUGAGGAACACACUGAAGAUCCUGAGGGAGAUGGAUCUGGAUGAUCUGGCAGAGAAGUUACAGAGAGAUCACACUAGAGCUUGGCUGCUGAACUCUCUGGAGGAGCUGAACAUAAACGAGCUGAAGACAUUUCAAAACUACCUGAAUAGUGGCAAGUUGCUUGGCUUUCCUCCCAUGCCAAAGAGCCAGCUGGAGAACACUGACAGACAGGUCACAGUGGAUCUGAUGAUGAAGAUAUACGACCCUGAGAGAGCUGUGAAGAUCACACUGAGGAUCCUGAGGUGCAUGAAUGACCAUGAUCUCACUGAGAAGUUACAGAGUGAUCACACAGGUCUCUCUCUCUCUAUCUGA